AUGGCGUCGAGACCACUGAACGACGAUGAGGUCCUCACGGAGAUGAACAAAAUGGUUGCAUUCAUCAAGCAGGAAGCCAUGGAGAAAGCACGAGAAAUAAGGGUCAAAGCAGACGAGGAGUUCGCCAUUGAGAAAGCUAAACUCGUGAAGCAAGAACAGCAAGCCAUAGAUGCUCAAUACGAGAAGAAGCGGAAGGGCGCAGAGGUUGCUCAGAAGAUUACCCAAUCGACCCUGACGAACAAGUCGCGAUUGAAAUUGCUUCAGCAACGUGAAGAACAUUUGCAAGAUCUCUUCAACACCUCUCGCACCCAGAUCGUUGAGCUUGCUGCGGACGAAGGGCGUUAUUUGCAGUUCCUCCAGGGCGUGAUCGUGCAAGGAUUCUUGCAGUUGCUCGAGUCGGAGGUCACGGUUCACGCGCGAGAGAAGGAUGUCGAGAUUGCGCAGCGAGCAGUAGAAGAAGCAUCCAAGCAGUACACUGAGAUCAGUGGCCGGACUGUGACGGGAAUAGUUGAGGCAACAUUGAGUGGUGAUAUCGCUGGUGGUGUCAAACUGCAGAGCGGGAACCGGCGCAUCACUUUGGAUAAUACGUUAGACGAGAGACUGCGUUUACUGGAGAAUAGCAUGCUCCCUGAGAUUCGGAACAAUCUCUUCGGUCCCAACUCCAACCGAAAAUUCUACUCGUGA